GCUGAAGCCAUUCAACAGACUGCAAGUAAUAUUACAGCAUUUGAAAAUGUCUAAGCAAACAGAUUCGACAGCUGAAGUGUUGUUGGAAAAGAGAGGAGGUGCAGGAGUAAUAACUUUGAAUAGACCCAAGGCUCUCAAUGCACUGAAUUUUUCUAUGAUCCAACAAAUUUAUCCACAAAUAAAGGCUUGGGAGCAAGAUCCUGAAACUUUUCUAAUAAUUAUAAAGGGAACUGGAGGAAAAGCUUUUUGUGCUGGGGGUGACAUCAGAGCCAUCACAGAUGCAGGAAAAGUUGGAGAUAGACUGACACAAGAUUUCUUCAGGGAAGAGUAUCGCCUGAACAAUGCCAUUGGCACUUGCAAAAAGCCGUAUGUGGCACUUAUUGAUGGCAUUACAAUGGGAGGGGGAGUUGGCCUCUCAGUCCAUGGACAUUUCCGAGUUGCUACAGAGAAGACACUUUUUGCAAUGCCAGAAACAGCAAUAGGCCUUUUUCCUGAUGUAGGUGGAGGAUAUUUCUUGCCAAGACUAUCAGGAAAGAUCGGCUAUUACCUUGCACUGACAGGAUUUAGGCUGAAAGGAAGAGAUGUACUAAAAGCUGGCAUCGCUACACAUUAUGUAGAAUCCGAAAAGCUACCUGCCUUAGAGAAAGACCUGAUAGCACUGAAAUCUCCUUCAAAAGAAAAUGUUGCAGACUUACUGAACUCUUACCACAUGAAGAGCAAAGUUGAUCAAGAAAAGGAGUUUGUACUUGAUGAACAUAUGGGGAAGAUUAACAGUCUUUUUUCAGCAAAUAGCAUGGAAGAAAUUGUUAAAAAAUUAAAGCAAGAUGGUUCUCCUUUUGCCAUUAAGCAACUAGAGACUAUUAAUAAGAUGUCACCUACAUCCUUAAAGAUCACUCUGAGACAGCUCAGAGAAGGAGCUGCCAUGAGCUUACAAGACGUACUCACGAUGGAAUACAGACUGAGCCAAGCGUGCAUGAGGGGCCAUGACUUCUAUGAAGGGGUUCGAGCAAUGCUGAUUGACAAAGAUCAAUCCCCCAGAUGGAAGCCAGCUGCUCUAGAAGAAGUCAGUGAUGAAUUUGUGGAUGAUUGUUUUAAGCCAUUGGGAACCAACGAUCUCAAGUUGUAA